AUAAAAUUUCAAAUCGUAACUCAUUUCAGAUUAGUAGGGCACAUCUCUCGCACCUAUAGCAAUAGUUCUGCUAAAAUCUAUUUUGUAAUCAGUCGAGAAGUGGCCGUCGACGUUUCCACGAGACGUUUCCAUGUUGCUGUUCUCCGAUAACGGAAUUCCGCGACUGAACAAAGCGCUUGACUGAAACAAAUCGUGUACGAGCGGACAGAGUUCACGUGUGGAUUCAGUGACGUAUAUCGUUUCCGCGUUUUCGCUGUGUAAUUGAAACGUUGCGCGUGCGCAAACCCCGCAAACCCGCGGAGAUCCGAUAUUGCGGGAAAUUCACAAGAAUAAACCUGUUGUAGUAUAGCGCGAAAGUUUCGAGAGCGCGAAUUGACGCACGAGUUUUACCGGCCGCACAGCCUCGGAAUUUCGCUGCGUACAUAAGCGCUAUAAAUGGCUUCUGGCUUAAAUGUGAGAUCGCUCACGCGGACUCGCGAGACGGUUUGCGCACACCUGGUGAAGCUUGAAAACGAGCCGAUCGUUUUGCGGAACAAUAACAAUUGGGCUGAGGACGGUCGCAACGGCGGUGGUAGCGGCGACGGUGGCUAGUAACACCUACGCUCAAGGGGUGGCAGCGGUGUAGCGGCACGACGCGGCGCCCGAAUCUACCCCAUAGUCAGUCCGAAGGUCGCCGCGUAAGCUCGCGGACCGAACGUUUUCGUUAGCCGUGCGCUGCCAUCGUUUCACAUAUUACGCACAUAACGUGCGCGUCGUACGUAUGCAUAUAUAUAUGUAUAUACAUACAUACACGCGUGUGCACAUGUAAUAAUCGCGACGCGAACGUAAAAGCGCGCGCCAGUCUGUUCGCGCGUAUUUCGUUGUUCACGCACCGAUGUAAAUCGCGCGCGCGAGUGGUGCUCGUUUCGCGAAGGGAAUUCCGCUGUACGAUAGGGGAAACAAAACGGAACAGAAUAAAGGACGGUGCGCGGCGAACACCAUCGAGGCGACGGAGCGACGACGUCUGUCUACUCUCUCUCGAUGGCGACGGCAAUUUGUGUAUUCUAAGACGAUAAUGGAACGCUGAAAAGCCUCCACGUGAAAGUGGAUGAAGAGGGCGGAGCACGAGGAUGAAUGCUUGUAAGAGUUAAAAGCGAAAAUCUACACAACGAAUAACAACAGCCUGCCUCGUCCAUUGCGACCAGCCACAUAUCUCACGUUAAGAUGACAUAGAAUGGGUUGGGUGGCGCUAGGGCGGUGUGCGGGUGGUGGUGGCCGCCUCUCGUCCAUCCUUUCGCUGUCUCUCACCUCUCUCGCAAGCUCCCUCAUCUUCACUUCCCUCUGUAUCCUCACACUUGCCUUUACUCUCGUCACCCUCGCGCGUGCUGAGGACAUCUUCGAAGAGGGCAAGUCGGACAAGGAGAUCUUGGACAACCUGCUGCUGUCGACGCGUUACGACAAGCGGCUUCUGCCCCCGGUCCAAGAUGCUGAUUUCUGCUGCGGAAUGAGAUGGCCUGGUGACAACACCGGCUUGACAAACCGGUCAUCGACCUUCUUUAACGACCCCAAGAACAAGAACAAUAACCACUACACGCCGCACCAAUACCUUCGCACUCACCUUCGCGGAACCUUGACUGUGAACGUGAGUGUAUUGCUGUUAAGCUUAGCUUCUCCCGACGAAUCCAGCCUGAAAUACGAAGUGGAAUUUCUACUGCAGCAACAAUGGUACGAUCCACGAUUGCGUUAUAACAACAAAACCAGAUAUGAAUUUUUAAAUGCGAUUCAUCAUUACGAAGAUAUUUGGUUACCGGAUACAUAUUUCAUAAUGCAUGGAGAUUUCAAGGAUCCUAUCAUCCCCGUUCACUUUGCUUUACGGAUAUACCGUAACGGCACCGUCAACUACCUUAUGCGGCGUCACCUUAUCCUAUCCUGCCAGGGUAGACUUAAUAUCUUCCCCUUUGACGACCCAUUGUGUUCAUUCGCGAUUGAGAGCAUAUCGUACGAACAGACAGCGAUUACAUAUGUGUGGAAGAACGAUGAGGGUACGUUGCGAAAAAGCCCAAGCCUAACGUCACUGAACGCGUAUCUCAUUAAGAACCAAACAAUCACAUGUCCGAUCAAAGUGAGCUGGCGAGCUGAUGGACAGAUCAUGGUCGACUACGAGGACCAGUUCGAUGAGUUUGGAGACUCUAAGUGCUCGCUGUGCCAGCGCAGAUUUGAGGAGCAAGGUAAUUACAGCUGCUUGAAGGUGGAUCUAAUCUUCACGCGGGAUCGCGCCUUCUAUUUCACUACGGUUUUCAUCCCCGGUAUUAUUCUGGUAACCAGCUCCUUCAUCACAUUCUGGCUCGAAUGGAAUGCCGUGCCGGCGCGAGUAAUGAUCGGUGUAACAACGAUGCUCAACUUUUUCACCACGUCGACUGGCUUCCGGGGAACGCUACCCGUCGUUUCAAAUUUGACUGCCAUGAACGUGUGGGACGGCGUGUGCAUGUGCUUCAUCUACGCGAGUCUUCUCGAAUUCGUCUGCGUGAAUUAUGUCGGUCGCAAACGGCCGAUGCACAACGUUGUCUAUCGUCCGGGCGAAAACCCCGUCACCCAGCGGCUCCCAGCGGUGCUCAGCAGGAUAGGAAUUAUAUUGGCCAGCCCCUUGAAGCGGGAGGGAGCUACCACUGGUGGUGCUACUGGACCGAACGAGAUUGUCACCUGCACUAAUUGCGGACCUAAUCCCUGCACGCAUACCGCAACAAACGGUUGCACCGCUGAGCUAAGGAAAAAAGAACCGCCGCAUCCGAUUAGAGUGGCGAAGACGAUCGACGUGAUAGCCAGGAUUACUUUCCCAGUCGCCUAUUUCGUGUUCCUCACUUUCUUCUUCGUUCAUUAUAAAGGCAUCUCGUAAAGUGGCCUCAAGAAAUCUCAUCGCCGGUGUGAGGGACAACGAAGUCUCGCAAUAGGCGACAACGAUGUUCGGUUGCUUGAAUCGGAUCUACUGUGGGUUCAAGCUUUUCCCGAAGACUAAAGAUGCCGGCUCGAAGAAACAAGGAGACAAAGACAUCGAUAAUCAUGAAAGCUCGCGUCGACUGGAUCUCUCUGAUGAAUGCGGAAGGGACAACGUGCGAGUAAGACACGAGUUGCGAAAUUGGGAUUUCCUACAGGUGGUUGCGAACAUUGCUCGAUCGUAACAAACAAGCGAAACCAAACAGUUCAGUCGUAUAUGAUUAUGCGGGACACUUGACGUACAAGGACGUUUUCUCUACGAGAGAAAGAGUGAGCCGGUAAUUUAGGAACAUUGGAGAGCACGAUAUUAGAGGAAAGACAGACCCACGGUGGAUUCGUCUGCAAAUAUUCUUCAUCUUCUCUCACGUGUGAUAGCUCUUGAAAGCACUCUCUUACGAAAGAAAUAUAUUCGCGAUCGUUCGACCAUGUGCAGUCACAUACAUAUACUUUUCUCUAUUUCCUUUUUCUUUCUUAUAUUGGGUAAGAUAGGAUGGUAGAUAGGGUAGGUAGAAGUAGUCAGAUAGGUAGGUAGGUAGAUACAGUGCCGCUAGCAAAGCUUCGGCCAAGCAGAGAAUGAUGCUUAGCUUAGUCGAUGAUGAUCAAACGUACUAACGUAAGACAUUAUACCUCACUACAUAGCACGGUCAACAGAAAUGUCGUUCGUGUACACCGCUAAUUCGUGAUCCGCGUUCGGUAUCGAUCCUUGACUUGUUGUGUCGCGCUUAACUUAUUAAAGGUUGCCACAAGACAUAGAGAAAUGUCCACGUUGCUUGUGCACCCGAAGAUUGGAUGGAACGAGUGAAUUUGUCGAAUGAAAUGAUUCGUAUCAAGAGAGAGAGAGAGAGAGAGAGAAGCAGUUAUAGGGUGUUUUGUGUAAAGUGACUCUUUCGUGUAUUGCAACGGGCGUUAAGGGACAAUAGAAAAGCUACGCGAACGAGUGUUCCGAUACGUUUGAGUCAGCUAGUUAUGACUUUCAUUGUAUCGUAUCUAUGAAUAGGUGAACGACUUAUUUUUACGUGAAAUAUUCUGUGCUCAGGUCGGAUAGACGCCAAUAUACAGAAAGCCGUCAGGAUAGCGAAGAGUUGACCUCUUUCUGCCGGUACAUAUUUAUCACGACGCUAUACGCCGGAGCAUAAAGAGCAAUGGUCGCCAUCAGCGUGAUGAAUUGCCGGAAUAUAAAGUGCAGACAUCUUGCUCACUUUAUAAGUAUAAGAGAAUAUAGGAGGAUAUAUAAAGAAAAAGAUUGGUAUACGGCGGAAUGUUAGUGUUUUUGAGGAAAGAAGCGACGAGUGGAUCGGUCUGCGCGCAACGAUGCGCCGCAAAAGGCACUAUCUACUUUGACAUUAUUGAAAGUAAUAACGCUACACAUUGUGUUUUUCGAGACACAUCGACGAACUGUCUCUACGAUACGUCGAGCGCCGGCUAAUUUGAAAUAUCUGCGUGUAGUCCACGUACUUUUAGAUGCAACGUUGCUAUGCUAUUACUAUCAUUAUAAUUAUUACUAUUACUAUUACUACAAUUACUAUUACUAUUGCUACUACUACUAUUACUAUACUACUACUUUUAUUAUUACCGCAAAUAAUAUUACACUAUUUACUGUUACAGUUGCUACUUUACUAUCGUAUUAUCGCUACUAUUACAAAUUAUUGCUAUCUAUAAUAUUACAGAUUUUAGGAGACACGGAGUCGAGAGCGUUUAACACGCGCGUACCGUUUGUACUGAUUGAGUCCAACAAUAUAUUAAAUCCAGCAGACCAAAAGAAAUGCGAGCCGAACAUACAAAAACGGGUGUUUUCUCGAUAAUCAUGACGAUCGCUUAAAAUCUAAUAAGCACAUAGACGUAAUAUUUAAUUAUAAAGACACGCUAAUCUCGCUGUCGUCAUUGCGAGACGCGUGUAAACGAUUUUUUCGAUAUAGUGAGACACAUGGACACGGACACAAGCGCGCACACACACACACACAUACACACACAUGCGUAUAUAUGGACGACAAAUGCGCGUUCAGAUUCAAAAGACGUAUGAGGAUCGAUAUCUUUGACGACGAUUAGCGCUGGUCUCUAUUCGCCGUACGUUGCGUUGGAAAACGACUUGAGCAAUAUUUAAUUAUCAUUUAUCUUAUUUUUGUAGUAGGAUUCUAUCUCGAUAUAUCUUCCUUCAAUAUUUGUAUAUCUAUGAUUAAGAUUAGGAUUAUGUAGGAAGAUCCACUUAAAAUGAAUUGCAGUUAAACGACGCCGAAGAAAUCGAACCUGAACGAUAAAUACUCAUUAACACAGAUCUCGUCUGACAAUUGACUGCCAAAUACUUUCACUGGUACAGCAUAUUUCUCUAAUUUCGAACACUCGUAUCGCACGUUGCAAUAAAUAAAGCAAGGAUUAUCUUCUAGAAGAUUGUGUGACGAAGUAUCGGAUCAUCGUCGGCGAAACGCCCAAUUAGAUAUUUAAUUUAAAACGCGGCUUAACUUUUAAAUACAUUCGCUUGCCAUUCGGCAAUGUUUACGAUGUUAUCAAUUUUUAUGAAAGGACAAAAUAAAAUGACUAGCGGACGAUGUCGCGGCUUGGCUGUAUUUUAAUUUUAUAAUAAAUGAUUUAAAUAUAAUA